GCAAACGGCCGCCUCCGCCCCUCCCCGUCUCCAGCUAAUACUGGGAAAUGCUGGCUGUUCGCUGAGUUUCUGGACAGAGCAGCUCUGCUGCUGAACCGAUGGUCAGGAUGUUGGAAGAGUGCGCUCUCUUGGCGCUGGUGACCGUGCUCGGCGUUUUGGAACAAGCAUACUUUUCGCUUCAAGUCAUCUAUGCAAGGAGGAGGUUCCACGUCGCACCACCCAGAGUUAGCGGCAAUGAGGACUUUGAGAGAGUCUACCGAGCACAAACCAAUUCCACGGAGUAUUUCCCAAUGUUCCUGAGUGUUCUUUGGAUUGCUGGAGUCUUCUUCAGUCAGGCGCUGGCAGUGUGUAUUGGAGUCCUCUACCUGGGCGGCAGGUACAAAUACUUCAAAGGCUAUGCUGAAUCAGCUCAAAACAGGUUGCCACCACUGUACUUCAGUGCCAAGAUGCUGUGGAUUCUGGUUGGUAUGUCUUCAGUUGGUGUCCUGGGCCAGCUCUCAUCUCAAUACCUGGGCUACAACCCCAUGCAGUCAGCAAAGUCUCUCUUCCCAUUCUGACCAGCACACAGCCUCCCACUGGGGUUACUCAAGGUGCCACAAAAGCCAGCAAUGUUUUGUGAUUCCUGCUUCUGUUAAAACCGUUUGGGGCUGGAGGUCUCACGGUGGCCUCUUCGCACUAACGGGACAGUUUAAUCCAGCCUCAGCCUUGUGUUGUCUCUCCUUCCCUGACCCCGUGUCUGGGGGGUUGUGGCUGUGAAACUGUCCCGUGGAACAUGGGGGAACCAUGAGAAGCUCCCACCCAGCUCUUGCCAUCACAGGUCUCCUCUACUGAAGCUACACACCUCAGUGAUCAGUGGAAAAACAGUUAAAACCUAUUAAAGACUAACAUUUAUUUUUAAAACA